AUGAGUCGAGAAUUCUCGGAUUUGGGCCGACAGGCUGUGGAGGAGCAGCGCGUCUCACAACUUCCCCAAUCCAGGAUUCCACGAUAUCAUCUAAGGCCUCUCCCAUCGCGCGUUAGAAACGGGGUGAGAUCCAAUCGCGCUUUCGAGGGCUUGAGGCGCGUAAGCAACCGACCAGUUCAACAAGUUACCAGGAACCCAGUGCCUGAAGGGAUCCCUUAUCGGAGUCCCCACGGCCGACAAUCAACUGAGUCUCGAGCUGAGCUCAAUCUCGAGGGCUCCGAGCGUCUAUGCGAACGAGUAGAUCGACAAGGUGUCAGGAAUCCAGUACUUGAAAGGCCCCCUGGUCUCAAACCCUACAGUGGACAUACAAGUGAGACUCGAGCUGAGUUCACUUUCAGGGUCUUAGGACGAGCCGAGCGACAACCUCAACUAGCUAUCAGGAACCCAGUGCUUGAAGGCUUCCCUUACCAGAGUUCCCCCGGCAGUCAAUCAACUGAGUUUGGAUCUGAAUCCGCAAUCAUGGUGGGGAAGAAGUCUGGAAAGGCGCUCCUGCGCGAGGAGGGGCUUGCCCGUACAGAUAACGGCAUGAAGAUGACUAGUUGGCCGGAGGUGUCUAUGAUUAACCAGAAGAAUUACUACACGGACUACAUGAAGCGCGAUGAUCAGAUCCUCCCAAUUCGUCUCCAAACUGAAGCCAAUCGUGACCGAAUGAUUCGAGAUGCGAAGGAUAGAGAUCGAGCCCUCGCCCGUACAGGAACUACCGAGGUCCCACUUCCUCUGCCUGCUGAGGGUGAGCCGGACGAGGAUAGUACAAGUACCAGCUAUAGCACCGAUGCAUCAAAGCUCAUUGUCAUCCAUCCUGGAAGCCAGAAUCUCAGAAUCGGCUUUGCCAGUGAUGCUUUACCAAAGACCAUACCUAGCGCGCUUGCUGUGAAGAGCAAAUCCACCGAAUCGGAAGAAUGCGAACCUGCCCCAGCGCGGCUCAAGAUGAGCGGCUCUCCGGAAGAUAAGUUUGGAGAGGAGUUUUCGAAGAAGUAUACCAAACUGUCUAGUGAGCUGAAGGUCGAGAUGCGCGCCAAUAAGUUCAAGGUUUUACCGAACUCGAAGGAACUGGUGGUCAACUACAAUCGCCGGGCCGUCCCGGAUGUCAUUCAGGAACACAACGACCCGUUCAGAGUUGAGUGGACAGAUGUCAGCAAGGAUGAUGAAUCGAUGGCUUCUUAUUUUGCAGGUAUGGAGGCUUUGCGCAUCCCUGAGAACUCCAAACCUCCUUACCGGAUCUUUCGUCCACUCCAGCUGGGUGUAUUCCAUGAAAAGGAUUACACAAGUUCAGAUGCUCUGCUUGAUGAUUUUGAAGCCACCAUUGAAUCUGCAUUGAGGAAGGAGUUGGGCUUGACGAGUUCGACCUCUUGGGCGCAGUACAGCUGUGUCGUUGUCAUCCCGGAUUUGUACGACAAGCGAUAUGUUCAAGAGAUCCUUCACAUCUGCUUAAAGAGCAUCGAGUUCAAGCAGGUAUGCUUUAUACAAGAAAGCCUAGCUGCGACAUAUGGCGCCGGCUAUACGAGUGCCUGUAUCGUCGAUGUUGGUGCUCAGAAGACUUCCAUAUGCUGCGUUGAAGAAGGCAUGUGCGUUGAGGACUCGCGCAUCAAUCUUAAAUACGGGGGCUACGAUGUCACGGAGACUUUCAUCAAGAUGAUGCUAUACGAUUACUUCCCAUAUGCGGAUAUCAACCUCAACCGACGCUACGAUUUCCUUCUGGCGGAGGAGUUGAAGAUCAACCAUUGUACUAUGAACCUAGCCAAAAUCGCUGUUCAACUGUGCGAUUUCCACCUGCGAGCCCCGAACCAAGAUACGCGCAAGUACCAGUUCAAGACUUACGAUGAGCCCAUAUUAGCUCCCAAGGGGUUCUUCGAUCCGUCGAUCUUUAACAACAGCGGAAAACUCGAGGGUCGUCGUAGCCUCAUCGAACGUUCGUACAAUGCAUACGAUACUGAGACCCCGGAUGACCCGACAUCCACAGCUCAAACGGCCAUCCUGACUAGUAUCAAACCCUCCCUCGUUACGACCGCGACUGGACUCUCUUCUAAUGUUAAUGGAAACGCCGAAUUUGCAACACCUUCGAAGGAGAAGCCAAAUCCUCUCAACAUCGUCGCCCGUAUGGACAGCGAGGCCAAUGGCGGAUCCCGAGUUACCUCUGCAGCCGCAUCGCCUGCCCCGGAAGGUACAAACACACCAGUCCAGUCAGGACUCUCUGUCUCAGGCGUCAAUGGUGUAAACGGCGGCUCCCCAGGUCCCAGUGGUAACGUGUUCGCUUUUGGUGGCUCCCAUAACGGUGGAACCCCUGCACCUGCGGGGAUGUUCGUCGACCAGCAGGCACGAACGGCGAAAGACUUGGCCAUCGAGCGGGAUUCUGUGCUGCCUAUUGCUCCUCUCGAUGCCGCCAUCAUUACCAGCAUAACCCACGCUGCCAAAGGGGACGAGAAGAAAGUCCGGGAUUUCCUUGGUGGAAUCAUGGUCAUAGGUGGCGGUGCAAAGACUCCUGGUUUCGUACCCUUCCUCGAAGAGAAAUUGAAGAGCAAGAGACCUGACUUGGCUGAGAAAAUCCUCGUUGGCACUAGCCCUAGAGAGAUGGAUGGCCAAGUCGUGGUUUGGAAAGGCGCAAGUGUGUUCGCACGUAUGACUUCUCAUGAGUGCUGGAUCGGACCUCUGGAGUAUGAGAGACUGGGAAGCCGUGUUUUAUACACCAAGGUUCUAUGGAAUUAUUGA